AUGAAUAGAGCUACACUAGAAGCGCGAUUCUUAAAGAUAACGAAAAUAUUCGCGAAACUGAAUGGGGUUUGGCCAGAUCAAAAUAAAGUAAAAUUCAUUUUAUGGGCUAUGGUGUAUAUUACUAUGGGAUCGUCUAUCAUUGUACAGGUAGCGAGAGUCAUACAUAUAGGUAGUUUGGAAGUUGUGAUAGAGCAGUCGUCCUUAAUAGGUGCGGGAUUUCUCAUGAUCAUAAAACAUGGUAACUAUGUUCUGAACGCAAAAAAGCUCAAAUCCCUUUUGAAUGACAUGUCCGAGGACUGGGCAAUCGAUCGUUUGAAAGAAGAAUUUGCCAUCAUGACCACAUACGCUAAUAGAGGAAGCAUGCUUGCGAUGUUCUACUUUAGUAAGUCGAUAUACGUACUUGAAAAAGUCAAUCGCAAUUCUAGUCGAUAA